GCACAAAGGAAGAAAGGGCUUAAGAAAGAGUUCUCCUCUUCCCGCAUUCUUUUUGCCUUUCAUGUUCUAUAGCAAAGGCGAGAACAGUCUCAUGAGGAAAAAAGAAUAGAAAGUAUUGUUUUCUUGGCUUACUGCGUUACUCUGAGCCUGGAAGAUUUCUACAAUUAUCGGAGUUUAUCACAAAUCCAAAGAAAGAUUCGGUGCUAAAUAGUAAUAAUAACUGAUACAUUUCUUAAAGCAACAGAAUUUCGGUUUCCGAGUCGCCAUGGCCGAUUUCCUGACCUCGACUCACCGAGCUAAGUGGAUCUUCACUACUCAAGAGCUGGCUGAAAAAUACAAAGCCUCUAAUCAAAGAGCAAUACAAGCACUAGAGAAGUAUGGAACAACGCUUAUGGAAGUUGAUGCUGAUGGGUCAUUAUCUUAUCCCGAACCUCCGAUGAACCCAAAAGAUACUGCUGACAAGCAUUCUCGUCCAAAACCCCUUAAUAUUGAGGAAGAGCGGUAUAUGCGAGUGUUCUACGAGAAUAAACUUCAAGAAGUUUGUAACAACUUCCACUUUCCUCAUAAAAUUCAGGCAACAGCUCUUAUAUAUUUUAAAAGAUUUUACCUUCAAUGGUCGGUCAUGGAACAUCACCCGAAAAACAUUAUGUUAACGUGCAUAUAUGCAGCUUGUAAGAUAGAAGAAAAUCAUGUUUCAGCAGAGGAGCUCGGUAAGGGGAUCUCGCAGGACCAUCAAUUGAUUCUCAAUAAUGAGAUGAUAGUUUAUCAGAGUUUAGAAUUUGACCUUAUUGUUUAUGCACCGUACCGCUCAAUAGAUGGUUUUCUGAAUGACAUGGAGGAAUUCUGCCGAGUGAAAGAUGACCAGCUUCAUAUGCUAAAGGCUUUACACGAAACUGCAAGGAUGGAAGUUGACAAAAUCAUGCUCACUGAUGCACAACUUCUAUUUCCUCCCGGGCAGUUAGCAUUGGCUGCUUUGCGUUGUUCAAAUGGAGUGCACCAAGUUAUUGACUUUGAGAGAUACCUGAGGAACAUCCUCUCUCGUCAGAGUUCUGCACACAAUGUUUCAGAGCUCAUUGAAUCACUAAAUGCAAUAGAUUCUUGGGUUAAGAGAUAUAAAUUCCCUUCAGAAAAAGAUUUGAAGCACAUUAACCGGAAACUGAAAUCUUGUUGGGGUCUUGGCUCAAAUGACGAGAGUAAGAAACGGGAGAAGAAAUCAAAGCACAAGUCAAAGAAGAGCUCAAAUGAAACACAAAAUGUUCUUUCUCUUACUGAAUCGUAAUGUAUCUUGGUAUUUCUCCCAGAAAGUUGGUUCUUUUCAGAGUCCUCGAGCAAAUAUUGUUACAUUUGAAGUGAAAUUUAAUUCCUAUUCUCUGAUCAGUAUCUUCUUUACUUAGUUUCUUUAUUCAUAUGUAUUUGGUUUGCGUUUGCAACCAACUUGAUUAAAAUUUUGUUCAGCAUUGAAAUUUUGCAGAUUUUUACAA